UUAUAGUACGACUUAAGAAAACCUUAUUUUUUUCCUUCUUGCCUUUAAUCGCCUUAUUUUGCUUUCGGACGAGUGUGAAGACACGAAUUUGUCAAUUAUUGUAACGACGGCGACGGCGACGGUGACGGUGACGGUGACGGUGACGCGGACGCGGACGCGUUGCCUUCUAAGUACUCUUCCCACGGCCGUCGCAUCGAUUUGAACACUCGCUCAUUCGUUCACGAUGUUCUCAAAAAACAUCGAUUCGUCAGCUACUUUCUUUAUUAAACGCUAAACGUCCAUUAAAUAUUUCUAUUAUUACGGAUAAUAUUUUUCAUUUUAUUAUAUUGUCUAUUUAUCGUGUUCGUAAUGGCAGUGACAGCAGUCGUCGGACGUCUUUGAACGGCCUACGAAUAUCACUUGCUGUACUCUUACUAUGGCUCACGAACAACCAUUUCUCUCGACCCUUUGAAUAACGUAUCCUCAACGUCGUGUUCAAACGUAUCCUGCUAAGAUAAGGGGAGUGGGAGAAAUAGACAGAAGUAGAGUACUGCUAUACUAAAUGCGUUUUACGUCCACGAGGGAAUAGCACAUUUUCUCUCAACUUCUUUCAUAUUUCCUUUUCUCCCACCCUCUUUUUCUUCUCAGUACUCUCCUUUCCCUCCUUCCUCAAAUGGUUUUGCCUCCUUUCUUUGUGUCGUUGACACGCGCGUGUACCGUAAUACCUAAUAUACGUGUCUCUCUCUUUCUCUUUGAAUGUAUGACGUAUAUAGCAUAACUCGUCAACGAGAAUAACCUUUGUAACGAAGCGCAGUUUGUCACUUUUCGUUCAUAUCGCGCGUUUCUCGUGGGAGGACUACGCGUAUACAUCGAGUUUCAAUAGCAAGAAUAUUUUCAUUUUCUUUCGUUUUUUAUCGUGCCCAUUUUUACAUCGUACUGCUGGCGACACCGAGAGACGUUACCAUCUGCGUUAUUACAAAACAUGCAUGUGUGUUCAUGAUACGGACACACGUGGGUUUUGUGUUAAAAAUGGACCUCACUGUGCCUUUGCGCAUGGCAAUCAUGAUCUACGACCACCUGUGUAUGAUAUCAAAGAAAUACAGGCAUUGGAAAAUCCAGAUACAGAUCCUAAUUCUUCGUCCAAUGGUCCAAACAUCCUUGAUAAGGAACGAAACUUGAUGAAUGAAGAUCCAAAAUGGCAGGACACAAAUUAUGUACUUAGUAAUUAUAAAACAGAACCGUGUAAACGACCUCCAAGACUUUGUCGUCAGGGCUAUGCUUGUCCACAAUACCAUAACAGUAAGGAUAAAAGACGUAGUCCACGAAAAUACAAAUAUAGAUCAACACCAUGUCCAAAUGUAAAGCAUGGAGAAGAAUGGGGUGAACCAGGAAACUGUGAACAAGGAGAUGCCUGCACAUAUUGUCAUACCCGUACAGAGCAACAAUUCCAUCCUGAAAUUUACAAAUCAACUAAAUGCAAUGAUGUACAACAAGCUGGUUAUUGUCCACGUGGAGUCUUCUGUGCAUUUGCGCAUGUUGACCGUGAGUGUACCCUCAUCAAUCUAUUGCCAACAGAAGAAAUGAGUCUGGCGAGGGACAUGGCGGUACCUAUAGAUUGCGGCACAAAUUUAGCAGAUAUACUCAAUAAUGCUUUACCACCUGAUAAGCGCAGUCAUGACAAGGAUAAACCUCUUAGCGAUAGCAGUAACGGAAGUGGUGAAGUAUCUGAAUCUGCGAGUACUAGUAGUCUUGGUAGUAAUAGUUCACAUAGUAAAGCUCCUGGUGCUCAACUUCAUAAUUCCAGUUCUAACAAUGCUGUGAAUGUUUCUGCCCAACAGAAACUUACUAGUAUACUUUACAAUCCUAGUUCUCUUUUACAAGCUGGUGAAAUAAGAAAACAAAUGGUGGCUAUAGAUAGUGAUCCAUUAUUAACAAAAGCAGAAAAGGCUCAACAAAAACAAAGUCUGUUUAUCACCUAUAAUUUAAAUGGAACCUUAGGAAGUCAUUCAUUGGCAACAACUGUAUCACCAUUAUCCAAUUCAUUUUAUCCAAACGACACUGUUGAAUCUGUAGUAGGAAACGCAUUAGAUGAAUUACAUUUAGACGAUCCACUAAAUUUAGUAGAAUCAAUUCAUAGGGAUACUAAUUCACCAAUUAGUAAUUCUAUAUCAGCGGGUUUAGCAAGUUCAGGAUUACUUGGUAGUUCAGCUCCAGUAAAUAUUCCUGGGAUGACAGAACGAUCUGUUCUGACAAAUUUUUCUCCAUCUACUUCAAGUCCCCUUCAGCAAUUACAAUCAGCCGGUUUUCUUACUGGACACAGAUUUUCACAUCAAGAUUCCAUAGAAUCGACAAUGCCAUUUAUGAAUCAAGUUUCAGACCCAUUUAGCAAUCACAUUUCUCAACUUAGUAGUUCAGCUUCUAAGCUUAGUGGAUUUAAUAGUAGCCUAUUUGACUUUGCAAGCCAAGGAAUGUCACCAUCUCGUACGCAACCUCUCCCAGCAUCUCCACUGGUUAGUGCAUUCUCCAUUAGUCCAAGUAACACAGGAUCUUUAUCCGAGGUGCAGAGACUCAGAGAAGAAUUGACUUCAAGUCGUGCUCAGUUGGCAACGUGGGAUGAACGAAUCAACCAAGCUAGGGCAGCUUGUGCAGCAUGGCAAUUAGAAAGUGAAGAAGCUAAAAGAAAAGCAAGUAUUGCUGAACAACAAAGAGAUGAGGCUUUAUUACAAGUAAAAGCACUACGUGUUGAAAAUGAAGCAGCUAGUGGAGGUCCAUAUUUGCAUACGUUAAGAAGAACAAGCGAACUCAGAUCACUUUCAAUCGCAACAUUAAAAUCAAUUCAAUCGCAACUUCGUUCGGAUCUUGAAGAAAUAGAAAAGGUGCUGUACAGAGAAACGGCAGCAAAAUGCAUGGUUUGUGAAGAACAAAAUCGCACUGUCACUCUCUCGCCCUGUAAUCACUACGUGGUCUGUUCAACGUGCGCUCCAAAUCAGCGUGAGUGCCCGUAUUGCCAGACUCCGGUUGUCUCUACAAGUUAGGUCCGAAAUUUUCAUUGGAAUCCUAUUGUUAAUAUUUGCACUUUUUGCUUUUAAAAGGUAUUUCUUCAGAAUACCUUAACAGUAUAUCAAAAUUUAAUACUCCAAUAUCAUGGAUAUGGAUACAAUACAAAAGCAAAUACAUGCUCUACACUGUUAAUAAUAAUACAUACAUGAAAACUAUAUCACAGUAAUAAUUGACACAACGUAAAUAGUUUUUUUAUCUUACCAAAGUACGUUGAUAUUGCAUGCACAAAAUGUUCCAUGUACAAUAUAUGCAUGAGAACUGUAGUUACAUGAUAUAUUUUUUAAACUAUGACAUUAACAGUAUACUUUUCUUUUAAUAUUACAUCUUCUUUAAAAGAUAUAGAAAUUUUUUCAUUCAGGAGACAGUCCAAUAUAUAUUAUACUAGCAGUGUGCUAGAUGUAGUUGAGAUUUGUAACACAAGUAUAUGUAAUAGUUACAGAACAUUUAAUAUUGAAACAUUGUAAUCACGAUAAUGGACAAAGAUUUGGGACCCUAAAAAUAUAUAUUUGUUUAAAAAAAUAAUAUAAAUAAGCGCAACAAAUAUAUCCCAUUUAGGAUAUCAAUGAAAGGAUUCUUUUCUUAAUGCUGAGCUGUUAUACGUAUGUCGUACAAAAUAAUACUUCUAUUGUAUUUUAAAAUAUGUAUUUAGGGUUUUUCAAUUGACCUGUACUGAUUAUAAUAUUACAAGUAUUAACAAAUUUUAUAUUUUUGGUUGAGGAAGUAUCAAUGAUAAAUGUUAUAUUAGAGUCAUGUAAUACGUAGAUUUUUACAUAUAGCAAAUAAUACAAUUUCUUACAAGAAUAAAAAAAUGUAAAAACGGGGCUUUAAAUAUUCGUCUAAAAAAGUACAAGUUAUAAAUGUUUUGCUAUAUUAAAUAUGUCAAUAUUCUUAUUUAACAAGGUUUAAUAACCAUUACUUUCUUUAUUCUUUUUGUCUUCAUAUAAUUUAUAUAUAAUAAAAAAUUACAUUUUAUGAAGAAAUUUUCUAUUUUGGAUACAUUAAAAAAUAGUAAUCUAAUUUUGUAUGAAUGCGCUUUUUUCAUUCAAUUAUGAUAAAAUAUAGUAUAGCAUGUUAUGUUUCAUGCUUUCUCUACGAAAAACGAUAUUUAAAUAGAUAUAUUUAACGUAAUAGUAGUGCGCUCAUUACGAAGAUUGUUAUCACAUUAUUAGUAUAAAGUAGUUAUAAAAAGAAUCAUCUUCUGGUAUGAUUACACUACAAAUAAUGAUUACACUACAAAUAUUCAUUGAACUCAAUUUUGUGUUAUACAUUUUACAUUCUAGCUAUAAGAAUAUUAGGAUAAUACUUAGGAUUUUCCAAUUUAAUCAAAAAUAAUUAAUAUUUAUAAUAGAGAGAGAACAAGUAAAUUGUGACGUACGUGUGACAGCUUAUUGGCAUGAAGUUAAUAAGCAUGCCGACUAGUUUCUCUGUAUAGGACGUGUAAUGCACGUCUACUUACCGGCUCUAUGAACUAUUUCAUUUUUAACGAUCCAGUUGUUAAUCCUCAUGGAAAAUAACUAUACAUUCGUGAUGAAAAAUAAAUUUUGCCUAAGAUAUAUAAAUGACUAGAGUAGAUAGGAUGACAUUAUAAAAUUUUUUCUUCGUAGAUAUAAAAUGUAAUAAUCAAUUUUAAAGACUAUUAUUAUUUAAAGAUUACAAGGUUAUUAUAAAAUAAUUUUAAAUGUAUAAUACCAAUACUAAAAAUUGCACGUUUAAAAGAAUUUUUUUCUUUUUAUUCUCAGCUCGGAUUUUUAUUUUUUAUAGUCAUUAAUUACUCCUUCAUUGCAAAUCAGUACUUUGAUAUUAUUAUAUACCGUUAUUAAUUAAAAUUGAAAAGGGUAUUAUAAUGAAUUUUACUUAAUUAUUUAAUUAUUUAACUUUCAUAAUCAAAUCAAUUGUUGUUUCUUUUCUUCAAUUACAUUCAUAGUUUAGUAUCGAAAAGUGAGGCCAAAAAGAAAUAAAUGUUUUUAUUAGGUGCGUUUUUAUUGCAGAUUAUUGAUAUUCAGAUAUUAUAGGUGUUAUAAAAAUACAAUUUUCUUCUAUGGUAUAAACGGUCUAAAAGUAGUAUUUACAAAUUAUGAGGGAGUGAAAAAAAUCAA